AUGAGUAACAAUCUCUGUGUCAUUGUCCAUGAUGGGCAGGUUUAUACCUCUCUCACUGCACACUCCCUUCCCGAUGUCAUACCUCAUGAGCCUCCUUGGGAUCCUUGUGAAGACUAUGAUAGUUCUCCCGAUGAUAGUAAUAUGCCACUCACUACUUGCUGGGCAUAUGGAACUCGUCCGUGGUUUCCCCUUGUACCUUUGAAUCCUAGCUUCGAUGGGCCAAUCUUUGGAUGCCUCAACCACUCCAGAUUUUCCCUCCUUACAGAGGUAGAUACAUCAGGAAGGCACAUUCUCCACCACGAUAUUCAGGCAAAAUGGGUCAACUUAGAGCAGAAACUGCUCUGGUGCCAGGAACAUUUGGGUGCUGGAUUAUUGACUCCAUGGGGGACUAAACUUCCACACCCUCCGACUACCUAUGGGUACCAACGGUGGCAUACAGACACUAACCUUGCUAAAAAGGUUGCAAUAAGGUCGCAUGAUGCAUUUCUAUUAAUUGCUGCCACCUGCUCAUGGUACAUCAUGUCACGUCAAUACCAAGGUGCCAAUCAGUGGAUGGCGAUCUUAACAAGUGACCCCCAACAUCCCAUACCUGCUGAGUGUGUUCUUGAGUUGUUGUGCUCAUUCGUUGGAGAUCUGAUGACAAACAUGCCACGUACGGGAGCCUUGAUCUCUUCCAUUCACUGUCCUUGGCAAGUUCAAUUGCCCAUGUUUGAAAAAAUUUUGCUUCCGAUUUGGGUCUGCAUUUCUGGGGAUACUACCACCACUGUUGAUUUUACCUUGCAUCAUUAUAUCCCAUCCCCGGCAGCUAUCACCCAUGUGACUGAGGAAGCCCAAUGGAAGCAGAUGCCUGACACUUGGGGUCAGCUGGAUGAAAAUGCGUGGGGUCAACCAGAUGAUAAUGUGUGGGGUCAACUGGACAAUAGUGUGUGGGGUCGACCAGAGGACAACACUCAGAGUGUCCUUAACUGGGGCAAUAGCGCCCUUGGAUGGGGUCAGAACAGUGGGACACAGCCUGUGUCUGAUGUUCCUGAGGCACAUGCAGACUCUCUCUUCCCAGUCUCCGAACCCCACUCUAGACAGAAACGAGGAGAAGACUUUAAGGCAUUCUUUGCAUGGCGCCGUCAGGAGAACAAGAGGAAAGAGGAGACGGAGACACCAGCUCAACGACAGUCGCAUCAGAGCCAUGAGCGGGCAGCCAUGAACCACAGCAUUCCUGGCAAAUCCAGCACAGUUGUGGUGUUUGAAUGGCAACCUAAUGAUGAGUUUGGCGGCUUUCAUCAAUGCAUCCGUCUCACAAAGGCUGAGAUACCAAUGACUUGGAUGUCAUAUAGCAAAUCUACCAGGGUGUAUGACUCGUUCCGUAACGAGUGGGAUUUAUGCAAUGCAUUGGAUCUUACCAGCAUUCCUGAUGGUGAUUGGGAGGAAGAUGAUUUCCUGCCUGCAUCUGCUCCUUCUGAACCUGCCCCUGCUCCCCCUGCCCCUGCCCCACCCUUGUCCAGUUUCUUGAAAGACAUCAAAGCCUACUUCAGUCAUCAUGAGGUUGCACCCUCAACACAAUACACUCGUAGUGUUGAGCGAUUUGUCUCCAUUUUGCAUUUUCAUCUUGGAUAUCACCUUGCAGCAUCCACCACUACACCCCAAGGCAGAUUGACUACAUUCGAUGAUUGGACUCGCAAGACACAGUGGACUCACUUAACCAGACUCAUUGGCGACAACCCCACGGAUAUCACGUCAAUUCCAGACACACAGAAGCAUGUCAUCACAUGUUUUAUAGGUUACCUCGUCACCCUCCCUCAAUCUCAGUUGUCAGGCAUCCCACCUGAUCUCUGGGAUCUGGGACCUGACUUGUCCCUGUCAGUCUUGAACACACACAUUCAAGUUUCCUAUGUGCAACAACCCCAGCAGUGGCUCUACAUCAUCAAGUCACUGUCAUCAAAUCUGGUGCCCUGGAAACUGGCAGUUCCUGACACUAUUACAGCUGUGAUGUGCCUCCGGUGUGACUGGGGCUCAGAUAUCACCAAGAUCACAUGUAACCUCUUUGAAAAAGGAAUCACUAUAAAGACAUUGCAGCCAAUCUCAGUUCCACCUGACGCUUGA